AUGGAAGCAAGGCAUCGCAAUCUUGUAGAGGCAAAGCAAUAUGAGGAGCGCAAGCUGCCAAGUACACGCGAUAUUUACAUGAGCUCGGACCAGACAUACGCUGUUCAGAAGAUGUUAAUCAAGAAGAGAGAGAUGGCGAUUCCUGGAGUUGAGUAUAAAAGAACGGGUGUACUGCCGGUGAUGAGUGCUCUGUGGAUGACAGAAGGAAAGAACCUUGUUAUGUGGAGAUACGAAAGUGGAGAGACUGAGGAGAUUGGGAGUUUUUCAUCUGAAGUGUUGGAAGUGAAGGUUUUUAUUCCACGCAGUGGAGUUUUCAAUGAGAAGGUUUCACAUUGUCUGUUUGUGGCAACUGAGGAUCAGGUAAUGAUAUAUGGAAUUGAGAAAGACACAAUGUGUUUAGUGAAUACAGACUUUGUUGCAUCAACGCCAAGCAAGACAACAUGUAUUGCAAUCACGGAUGGCGAUGUGUUUAUUGGAUGUGAGAAUGGAGGGGUAUAUCAGGUGAUAUAUAAGAGUAUGGACACAUGGUCGUUCAAGAUCAUGCAUGUAUAUGAUCCAGGGGCAUCGAUUCUGUCGAGUUUUAUUCCGAAUGUGCUGCGAAGGAAGAGGCCUGCAGUAAGAUCGAUGAGUGUUGGGAGAAGGUUUCUUGUAAGUCUUGGUAGAGAUGUAACUGUUUACAAUGUAGAUGGUGGAAUGUACAAGGUGGGCGAGAUUACAAUGAGCAAGGAGUAUGUUGGGGUGCAGAUUGUUGAUGAAAGUGAUGAAAGAGUGUUUUUCUAUGCAGUGCAGAAGGAUGGCAGCAGAGACUUCUAUGAUGGCAAAGUAGUGAUGACUAAGCGAAGCCCGAACAUUGGAGACAUGACUGAGAUCAAAGGAAUGAAGGUAUGCAUGUCUGAAGAGAGAGUUUGUAUGAUUAGAAAAGGAAGGUAUGAUGGGAGUAUAGUUACGCUUAUUUCUAGGAAUGAGGAUCAAGUGUGUAAUUUUGAUAGAUUGAAGAGCUCUGAGAGCUAUGAGGUAUUAGUACUCAAGGAUGAUGUGGAUACUGGGGAGAUUUAUGGAAAUGUGAUAUUUUUGAUUGGAGGCAGAAAGAUGCUAAUAUAUGAGGUUCAGCAGCUGGGGAAAUUUUUGUUGAGCUGCCGAUCAGAAGACAUUUUCAGUGUGUACAAGAGCUAUGGAGAAAGGGAGAUUCUUGUGUUGUAUUAUGAGUUGCUUGGAAACAAUGAAGAUGUUGGGAGGCUGGAGUAUCUUUGCUUGAAGAAUGAGGAUGCACAGCUUUCUGCUCUUUUUGUGUAUCUUUAUAGGCUGAUGAGACCAGUCCUUGAUAAGAGCUUUGAGGAGGUUGUGAAAGGUGAUCUUGGGGUGUAUCUUGAGAAGGUGCAGAUCAAGAUGAAGAGCAUUCGAGGAAAGUUAAAGGCGAAGCACUUGAGGAGUGUGUGUGAUUUUAUUGAUGAGUUUCUACAGACAUGCUUCUAUAUGAAUGUAUUGUAUGAGUAUUCAGUGUGCCUUGAUGGGAAGUCCUUGAGACAUGUUAUUUUUGAGGACAGUGCAGAGUUUAAGAAGCGAAGCCUUAAGGCGAUUCUUGACUUGUUCAAAGUAAACCAGAGUGUUGAGCCACUUAUAAAGACGCUUAGUACGAAGUGCCCACUUUUCUUGCCAAUUGAAGAAGUUUAUUACCAACGAGGACUAGAAAUGUUAAGCAAAAGGCCAUCGAGAGAAUUAUUAUUUGAGUCACUGAGCAAUCUUAAGAAUGUCCAGUACAACGAGAAUCUUGUUGAGAAGUACAAUGAGUUUAAGUUCUAUCAUGGAAGUACAGCACUUAUCAAGGAGAAUUUCAGUUUUGACUUUGAAUAUGGCGUGGAUGUGUUAAAGAAGAGUGUCAGAUGUACUGGAGCAUUGAAUCUUGCAUUGGAGGAUCCAAGAGAGGAUUUUCUGUAUGCAUUGUUUGAGGCACUACUUGAAGUGCUGAAAGCGAAUGAAUUUGGUAGAGAAUGCAGUUGCUGCAGUAAACCUGGAAAUAUGGUGCUUAAUGAUGUGAUUAGGAUAUCGGUGCCGUUUUUGGAGCGAUUUCUGAAGGAGAAGUCAAUGGUAUCGAGCGAUCCUCAGAUAUAUGAGCUGCAUUGGAAGUACUGUGUGUAUAGGAAUGAGAAGAUGAAGGGGGUGAGCUCAUUACUUGAUCUUGCGGACAACAAGCCGAUUCCAUUUGAAUUGAAAGUUGAUUUAUUGCGUGCAGCAUUGAGUGUGUCUGUGAAUACUCCUGUGUUUAAUGAUGUGAAGAUGAGGCUGGAGCUUGCAGACAUACAAGCAGAGAUUAUUAGGAGAGGAAGGAUUGACCCUGCUAUUAGCAACCGUUUGUUAUCUGCAGAUGAAUUGUUCAAUGAUUAUGCAUAUAAGCAUCCCGAUCUUGCGCUUAGGAUUGUGGGAAUAUCGAAUUAUACUGACAAAACUGUGAUCAAGGAGUUAUGGGAAGAAGGGAUGGGAGAUGAUUUUUUGUGUGCAGAGAGGUUUCUUGGAAGUGUCAAAGCAUCUGGUGCAGCAAUGGAUUGUCGUCUUGUUGGAGAUCUUUUGUGCUCUAGAAUGGUUUCAGGGAGCAAGGUUGGAAAGACACUUGUGAGUGCAGGAUUUGGAUAUUCUGAGGUAUUGAGCUUUUUAGAAGAGAAGAUUAAAGGAGAAGGAAAUAAUCAUCCUGAGGUGAAGAGAAUGCUUCUAGAGGACUUGAAGGAGUUUUCCAACGGUGGAGAAGUUUAUCUUAGGGUUGAGGAGUACUGCCGUCGGAACUAUGGGAUUUAG